AAAAGCUGCCAGCAAGUUAGGUGUAGCAAGGCUCUGAACCCUUCUAGCAAGGAAGGCUGUAAUCUGUCCCCAGAAGGGAAGAAAACAAGCACAAGGGACUGACUGAGGGAAGGAUUAGCCAGACCCUAUGCUACCUAGAAGGAUUUGCUUUGUCCAAGCCUGUGUCUCCAAGGCUAAAAAGGACUGAGCCUGCUGAGGAGAAGAAGAACUGAAGGAAAAUGAACCAAAUUCAAUCUUUGCUCAAUGAUUGCCUCAUCAAAACAAAACAUGUGGAACAUGCGGCCAUCAUCAAAUUAAAGGAUGAGACUGUGUGGACAUCAACCCCUGGCUUUAAUCUGCAGCCACAGCAUGCCUUACUCCUCAGCUCUGCUUUCUUCAAGAACUUAUUACACAUCAGAAGGGAAGGACUUUACUUCAAGGAGCAGCAUUAUAAAUGUGUCCGAGCAGAUGAGUGCUCCAUCUAUCUUAAAAAUGAGGACAGAGGUCUGAUAGCUGUGAAAACAGAUUCAUACAUCCUGGUUGCUACUUACUCUGAGGGCAUGUAUCCCAGCGUGUGCGUGGAAGCUGUAGAGAAACUGGCGAACUAUUUCAGAGAUAAGGAAAACUGAAUCUGCAAACAACUUAAAAUUGAUCAAGCGUAUGAGACUGUUUUGUUAGAAAACCACGGAUGGAAGUUUGUAAUGAAGCACAUCCAAGCAAGCAAGACAAUAUCCAUUAUUCCGCAAUAUUCUUAGUGCAUAGUGAAGGCUCUGAAAGAGAAGGAUAAUCCACAGCAUUUGAAUCGCACCAGUGCAGCCUAACAGCCCCCUAAAUUGUCAGCUACACCAUCUUCAUGCCCAAAAAUUACAGCUCAUAAAUCCAUGCAUGUGUGGUAGCAUUUGGGCUCUAGUUUGGAUGGGUUCCAAGAGUCUAAAAUUUCAAGAUGCUGAGCGUCUCCUACCAUGUGCUGAGUACCCUCCACACACAGUGACUUCCCUGGAAGUUGAGCCCUUUCUCCACAUCUCCUAUAGGAGUCGAUGGUGCUCAGCACAUCAUAGGAUCAGGUCCAAAAACUAUAACUUCAUAUCAUCAAAAGUACAGUUGGGUGAUGUUCUCAAGAGACUGAGUUAAGGUGUUUUUCUUCAUUUUAACACUAUCUUUUUUGUUUGUUUUUUACCCAAUCUCCUAGUAAGAAAGCAGUUAAUUUCUCUGAGCUGUGAGGCAUCUCUCACAGGAGAUGUACCAUAUACACAGCAUCAAAACUGAGUAGAUUAAUGAAAUGUGUUGCAUUAACAUGAAGUUCAAUGUAAGAUCACAAAUUGCAUUGCAUGCCUUGGAAUGUCUUAAAUAAAAUGGCAUUUUUAUAUCCAUCUAUUUGCAUUGCCAGAAAGGACCAUUAGAUCUUCGAGUCUGACCUCUUGCAUAGCACAGGCCAUUACAUUCCACACAGGUAUCCUUGCACUAAGCCCAAUAACUUGUGUUUGCCUAAAGCAUAAUUUCCAGAAAGGGCUCCUGUCUGUAUUGGAAGUCAUCCAGAGAAGGAGAACCCCCUCCCCACUGCUCUUGGUAGUUUGUUCCAAUGAUUAAUCACCCUCAUUGUUUAAAAAA